CGAUCCGAGGAAUCCCACCCACGGAAUCAGGCCCGAAUCAUUCCCUUCACUACCGCACCAAAAUUCCUCUGAUUGAGAGAAUACCAACAGAAAGGGGAGCAAUCGAUGACUGAAAACUAGAAAAGGCCGGUGGAUUCAAAGGGGCUGUCCGGCUGCUGUGAGAUGGAGGAGAGGAGGUGCAGCUGUUGUGAGGCGAAGGCUAGCAGAUCUGGAGAUUGGAAGUCGGCUAGAGGAAGUGGGAUCUACAUGAAAAGGAUAUGGAAUCGCUGCUGAGGGUGCCAAGAGGAUGGAGACCAGAUGGGGAUGAUGAUGAUGAUGGUGGUGGUGGUGGUGGUGAUGGUGGUGGUGAUGAUGAACGGAGAAUGGUUAUGGUGCCUCCCCUCGUUUUCGCCUUUUCUGUGCGGCUCCCCACUUUUUAAAGAGAAAGGAAAACUGGGUUUUUUUAUUGUUGGGUUUGGGUUUUAAUGGGUUGAUUUGUGAAAGUGGGUUAAGCCUUGAAUUCAAUGGCUAGUGGGCUUAAUAUUUGGGUUUGGGUCGGAUUUAUUGGUUCUUCUUGGUGGCUUUCACCCAAUGAUGUCAAUCCCGUACCGUACUGACCA